GGCAGCAGCCGGCAGCAACCUCCACAGCUCCACUCCACUCGUUGCUGGUGGGAAGCUCCGUAGGCACGCUGCACGCGGCAAGGACCAACUCGGUUUACUCGCGCCCACCGCUGACUGCUCCGCUCCGCUCCACCAACCGACGCCGCCAUGUCUGCCGCCGCCGCCCCCACCGUCGCGAAAUCGGCCCCGGAGCUCGUCCCGCCGGCGGGGCCGACGCCGGGCGGCACCCUCCCGCUGUCCUCAAUUGACAAGACCGCGGCGGUGCGCGUCUCGGUCGACUUCGUCCAGGUGUUCCCCCGGGCCGCAGGAGACGUCGGGGACCAGGACGCCGCCGUGGAGGCGAUGCGCGACGGCUUCGCGAGGGCGCUGGUGCCGUACUACCCGGUGGCCGGCCGCAUCGCCGACGUGAGCCCCGGGGAGCCCGUCGUGGACUGCACCGGCCAGGGCGUCUGGUUCGUGGAGGCCGCCGCGAGCUGCGCGCUCGCCGACGUGAACUACCUCGAGCGCCCGCUGCUCAUCCCCAAGGAGGAGCUGCUCCCGCGCCCACCCCCAGAGGAGAAGCUCGAGGAUCUCAUCAUCAUGGCUCAGGUGACCAAGUUCACCUGCGGCGGGUUCGCGGUCGGGAUCUGCUUCAGCCACCUGGUGUUCGACGGGCAGGGCGCGGCGCAGUUCCUCAAGGCGGCGGGCGAGAUGGCGCGGGGGCUGCCGGCGCCGUCGGUGGCGCCGGUCUGGGACCGCGACGCGAUCCCGGACCCGCCCAAGCUGCCGCGCGGCCCCCCGCCGUCGUUCACGGCGUUCAGCUUCGUGACCCAGGUGGUCGAUGUCUCGCCGGAGAGCAUCGCGCGCAUCAAGGAAGAGUUCAGCGCCGCGACGGGGCAGACCUGCUCCACCUUCGACGCCGUCACGGCCGUGGUGUUCAAGUGCCGCGCGCUGGCGGCGGGGCUCCCCGACGACGCCGAGGUCCGGCUCGGCUUCGCCGCCAGCACGCGGCACCUCCUCCAGGGCGUGCUGCCGUCGGUGGAAGGCUACUACGGCAACUGCGUGUACCCCGUGGGCAUCACCCGGACCAGCAAGGCCAUCCGCGAGGCGCCGCUGCUGGAGGUGAUCGGCCUGAUGCGGGGGGCGAAGGAGGCGCUCACCGCGCGGUUCACGGACUGGAUGCACGGCGGCGCCAAGGAAGACCACUACAACGUGCCGCUGGACUACGGCACGGUGACAGUAUCGGACUGGAGCCGCGUCGGGUUCAACGAGGUGGACUAUGGCUUCGGCGAGCCGGGGUACGUGUUCACGCUCAACGACCACGUCAACAUCGUCGCGUCGGUGAUCUACUUCAAGCCGCCGGCGCCCAAGCGCGGCAUCCGGCUCAUGCUCCGCUGCGUUGAGGAGCCGCACGCCGCCGCGUUCGCGGAAGAGCUCGCCAAGUUCGCGUAGGUGGUGGUUCUUGGCUUGGCUUGGCUUGGCUUGGGCCAUGCGUGAUAUUUUUUACAGUACCUAAACUUCACUGCUGUGAGACGGACAUUGCCUCAUUGGCAUUGUUGUGGGCAAAGUGCACAGUGAUUGGAUCGUGCUCCUGACUGGCUUUACUUGGGUAGGCAAAACACCACGAGAGGAGAGUCACUCGUGUGUAUUUUAUUUUUAUGAUCCAUAUAUUAAGUUCUACUUAUCAAACGUGCCUAUAUUUUGGCUAUUAAAAUAGCAUCACGUUCCGUA